CGCUAACGUUUCGUGCAGCCUUCAAAAUAUCCAGUGCACGACACAAGAAAACCAUUUCAACUUCUAUUACGUCUCUUCCAAUUCUCAACAAAAGGAACAAAAAUUUGAUUCUCAGAUCCGUGUUUCUCUCCUCGUACCCACUCGUUCCAAUUCACCAUGAUCAAUAUCAUGAUGGUCGCCGAUACCGUAGUCGUAACCGCAGCCAAAGGCCUUGGUGUCCUUCGCGCCUGUCAAUCUACCUGUAACCUUCCCCUCACCGAUUCGGCCGCCGAUCAGAUCUCCGCCAUGAUCCACCCUUACGACGCCGUCGCACCGCCGCCCGUAAAGCCUGCUACUAGGCUACGACGCCGGACACUGCUCCGGAGAAAACAACGAACCAAACGGAUAUCAUCCGGUGACCACUCCGGGGACGCCGGGAACGACGGGUUCCUCUUCGGUGACGGUGGAGACGGUUAUUUUGGCGGUGGGGGCGGCGGAUUCAGUGGUGGCGGUGGCGGUGGUUGGAAUUUCAAUAGAUUUGGGGGUGGUCACAAUUGGGAUGAACCCUCGUCUUCAGUUCCGGAUCCUGCUUUUGAUUUUGUGUAUCAGGUGCUGUCGUGGAUUAUGCUUUCGAAUUGUUUGCAUUUUGCGGUUAAGAGGAUCAUUCGAAUUGUUACGGCGGGAUCGAUUGUGGAUUCCGGUAGGGAAAAGGUUCCCGCCAGAUUGGUUCCAAUUUGCUGAUUUGGUAUCUUCAAACGAGCCCCAUAGAUAUAAUAGAACAAAUCAUCAUUCGUAAUUACCCAUUGCACUUAUGUUUAAUUGUGCAUUUGCUGUGUAAAUACAUUGUAUAUGAUAAUUUGCCAUUUAAUCUUUACUUCACUAAUUUCAAAGUAAUUAUUUUGUCUGUAGUUAUAUCUAAUUGUGUAAUGAUUAGUUGAAGUACUAUGAUGCGUUAUUGAUU